UAAUACUUAUUACUUAUCUAUUACUUUUAAAGUUUUUCUUCGGCCUUUGCGUUUUCGUGGUUUUCCUAAGUUUUUGAGUUUUCUCCUUAGAGUCUCUAGAGUCAAGUCGAUAGUGACAUACAUAGUGCUAUUCUAUACUUUUUUCAUUUUUUUUUUACGGUUAUGGAAGCAAAGAAAAAGUCUAAAAGUGUAACUUAUGAGCAAAAACAAUUAUUGAUUGAUUUUGUUCAUAAGCAUCCAAAAUUAAAUACCAAAAAGUUUGGACCUUCUUUUACCAUGAAGGAUUCACAGUUGUUAUGGCAAAAUAUUACCAGUACGCUGAACCAAACAAUUGGACCAAAAAAAACUUGGGUUGAAUGGAGAAAGUGUUUUCAAUACUUAAAAUCGGCUGCAAAACAAAAAAUUCCUUCAAAGUCACAUUAUAACAAGACUGGUGGAGGUGAAAAACAAGAUGAAGAGUGCAUCGACCAAGCUGACGAACAACUAUUAGAUAUUUUAGGGCAUACUGCUAUUCAUGGUCAUGACACUGUCACAGAAAGUACUUGUACUGUUUCAUUUUUGAGUGACAACACUGAUAACGUUAUAGGUACAGCUGAUGAAGUAGAUAUAGAUAUAGAGGAGUUGAUUUCAGUAAAUAUGCCUGCAGAAGAAGAUACUAAUAAUUUAAAUUUCAUUACUAUUUCUGUAAACUCAAAUAACAGUGAUGAGCAAGAAAGUACUGAAAAAGCAAUUGAAUCUGAUCCGUUUGACCAAUUUAUUGGUACUGUUAAAAAAAAGAGUUUGGAUAAACCUUUUGAAGACAUUAAUUUACAAAAUGCCCACAAUAAGUAUACUACCCACAGUCCACAUCUAGUGAUUAUACAUGUAAUAAGUUAUAGUUUAACUAUGGUUAAUUUCUUAAGAGGACACCACAUCCACAUGUGUUGUCUUCGUCCUACAAACAUUAUACAACAUAACAAAUGUUAUGUUCACACUAAUCCAUAUUACUCUGUUAUUUUUAAAAUUAGAGCGAAUUGACUUAUUAUAAAAUUUGAAGGUAAGGCUUUUAAGUAGGUAUCUAAUUCAAUUUAGAGG